UUUGGUUGAAGGCAUCUCUAUACUCUGGUUUCCAGUUGCUUUUUGGUUCUUCUGGAUGCUGUCUGGAUAGGGUUUCAUAUAUAUAUAUUGAAGGAUCAGAAGGUAAGCCAUGUUCUACCCUGCAGCCCUGUGUGAGUGCCUCAGAGGCAUCCUCCUUGUCCUCGUCUCUGUCCCCAGCCUCCGUCGCUAAGGACGUCUUCUUCAACACUGAGGAAAAGGAUGAUGAAAGUGACUAUGAGAACCCAAGCCUGGAUGAGGAUGUAGACAGCAGUGUGGAGGAUCUGCUGGGUUUAAGCUGUUCCUUCAUAGACUCUAACUAUUACAAAGACCAUCAAGGGGUACACUCUGUAUCGGCUGCCCCAGAAACCAGCCCUUCUACCCUGGGCUUUCCCAGUAGAUAUAGAGACAGUCCCCAGCACAGCUCCCAGCUCCAUCCCAAUCCACAUCCCUAUCCAUAUCCCUAUCAAGAGAUUGAAAACAAAUCCAUACCCCAUCACACUAUUGUGGUCACCCAGUUCAACCCUAACCUGUUGCAGUCAGGCAGUGCCAUGGACGGCUAUAACAGUGAGUCGGUGGACCCUGUGGACCCUGUGGGUGUGGUGACCACUAUGGUGAAUCUGAAUGGACAAGGAGACAUGAUGGAUUCUGACAGAGAGAGCUUCCCUAUCCUGAUCAGGUCCAUGUCUACAUCACGCAGACACAGCUUGGGCAUGCCCAUGUCUCCCAUCGACUUGGGGAGGAGGCUGAGCCUGGACGCCAUAGACAGCGAUGGAGAGAGGGAUGACUCUCUCCUCCGCCCCUCCCACCUACAGGCCUUUAUAUACCCAGGAUGCCCUGAGCAGGAAGUGGAGGAGUCAGAUGGGACAGACCUCUCCAGAUCUGAAGCCAAGGAGACAGAAACGGAGGAGUGCAGUCGGUCUGGAAGGACAUACUCCAGAACAGAGAUUCUGGCCACAGAUGAGCACAUUCACGUCGCACACGUGUCUCACGUAGUGGAGACAUCGAAGAGGGCAGCAGGAGAGGAGCUGGACCCAGAGGAACCCAACUUGCACACUGCAGAAGGACAGACUCAUAUGCUGAUGAUACAAAAAGUUCUGCAAGAGCUCAAGCAGUACCACGGAGCCAGGCAGAGGACCACAAGGCCAGAGGGGAAGGAGACUGGAAGUAGUGUCACCUGGUAUGAAUUUCUCUCCAACGAAAAUGAGGAAGAGGAGGACCGAACAGAGAAAGUGGAAAAGGGGACCAAAGUGAAGCGCACCCUGAGCUCGCUUAGGAGCAGAAUGACUGGCUCAUUCAACAAAGACAAGCAGGGUAAGAACCGAGAGAAAGAGCAGCAGAAGGGGAAGGAGAGGGAACUCAAAGAGAAAGAGAAACUGCAUCACAGUAGUAGCAGUGGGCAUAAUUUGGUGCCAGGCUCCUUCUCCAGCUGUGCCACCUGCUCACUGUGCAGUAAGGCCCUGCAGAAAAAGCAUGGUCUGCAGUGCCUGAAUUGUGCAGUGAAUGUUCACAAGAGUUGUCGGACGCUACUAGCUGAGUGUAACAGCAGCAAGAACAAGAAGGAUUCUCUGCAUAGGACCCCCACAACAGCGUCGCCGAACCUCGCCCUGAGGGAUCGGGACCAGUCUUCUUCGGCCCUUGAUUGCCCCUCCGGUUCUCCGCGCAUCCCAGGCAUGACCCUCACCCCGCGGGGACUCAGUGCUCAGCCUGCCUCAGCCGCCUUCAACAGCUCUUCCUCCAGCCACACUGCUGCAGCCAGCCUCAACCACAGCCACAACAGCCACACCGGAUCCCUCUCAGGGGACAUGGAUGAACCAGACAGCCUACGCUCCGGGCUCAAGCGCUUCAAUGAGGACGCCGUCUCCCUGGCCCCAUCCACCACUGACUCCAUCGUUGUAGAAGAUGCGUACUACUCUGCAUUUCGAGCUGAUCUGGAGUCUGAUGCCCAGGACCUGGAGGUGGAGUCAUGGAGUCUGGCUGUGGACCAGCACUACCUGAAGAAAUUCACCAAGGAGACGGUCAAGAGACAAGACGUUAUCUACGAGCUGAUGCAGACAGAGAUGCACCACAUACGGACCCUGAAGAUCAUGCUGCGUGUUUACAUGAGGGAGCUGAAGGAGCACCUCCAGAUGGACGAGCUGUUCCCGCGCCUGGAGAGCCUGCUGGAGCUGCACACAAGCUUCCUGUCCCGCCUAAAAGAGCGGCGCCGAGACUCCACGCAGCCCGGCAGCGACAGGAACUACAACAUACAGAGACUCGCUGACAUCCUCACCACACAGUUUUCAGGUGAGAAAGGGGAUCGGAUGAAGGAGAACUAUGGUGAUUUCUGCAGCCACCACACCGAGGCUGUCAGCUACUACAAGGAGCAACUACACAACAACAAGAAGUUCCAGAACCUCAUACGGAAAGUCAAUAAUUUGUCCGUUGUGAGAAGAUUAGGAGUGACUGAGUGUAUCCUCCUGGUGACACAACGCAUCACCAAGUACCCUGUGCUGGUGGAACGUAUUGUGCAGAAUACGGAAGUGGGUACGGAGGAACACGAGGAGUUGACCAGGUCUCUUAGUCUGAUUAAAGACUGCAUCGUCCAGGUGGAUGCCAUGGUCAACCUGCAUGAGAAGGCCUCGCGACUCCGAGACAUCGCCCACAAAAUAGAGCCCAAGUCCCUCGGCAAGAUCAAAGAUGGCCGUGUGUUCCACAGAGAGGACCUGUCCCAGGGUCGACGCAGGCUGCUGCACGAGGGGGCGGCCAACCACAAGGCCGCCUCCGGCAGACUCAAAGAUAUUGUGGCUGUGCUGCUGUCCGACGUGCUUUUGUUACUCCAGGACAAGGACCAGAGAUAUGUUUUCUCCACAGUGGACAACAAGCCCUCAGUGAUCUCCCUCCAGAAGUUGAUAGUGAGGGAGGUGGCCCACGAGGAGAGGGCCAUGUUCCUGAUCUGCGCCUCCUCCAAUGAGCCGGAGAUGUACGAGAUCCACACCGCCUCCAAGGAGGAGCGCAACUCCUGGAUGACACACAUCCGGCAGGCCGUGGAGAGUUGUCCACACACUGAGGAGAGACUCUUCAGUGAGCAGGAGGAGGCUCGAGCCGCCAGAUUCAACGAGUUCCAAGAGCGUCUGAGCCAGAAGGACUCCCAGAUCGUGACGUUGCUGACAGAGAAGCUGCAGCUGUUUUCAGACAUGUGUCUGGUGUCUGGUCACGAGGACACGACCUUCCGCUCCCGCCUAAUGCUGCGAGGUGACGCCUCAGACCUCCACCAGGGGGAGACACUGCUCAAGGGGACCAUCACUGAUGUGGAGAGUCUUCAGAACCUGUUGCUGUCUGGUGUGAGAGAGCCAGCUUCACGUCUAGAGGAGGGUUCAGGAUCCGGGGCUCUGCCCAGGAGAGCAGACACCUUCGGGGGCUAUGACAGCAGGCCCAUCAUCCUCAACAAGAAAGGCAUUGUGAAGAAGAAGAACCACAGUAGAGGGGACAGGGCCAGAGACGAGACCCAGAAAGGCUGCUCUGACCCCCAGCUUACGAAGAUCCGGGCUAGUCAGACCUUGGAGCAGCCACAGGCUGAUGAUGAUGAUGAUGAGGAGGAAGAGGCCUCUCCAGCCACCUGGAGCCCCAUCUGGUCUAACACCUUCCCUGAGGCUGAGUUCUUUGACCGGGUGCUGAUGCUGUCCCAGAGACUCUACAGCCUGCAGGCCAUCAUCGCCAAGCAGGACAGCCACAUCGAGCUACAACGCGCCUCCCUCACCGAGCGCGCCUCCUUCCCUGGCCGUCACCGCGGCAACGUUCUCCUGGAGCAGGAGAAACAGAGGACGCUGGCCCUGCAGAGGGAGGAGCUGGCCAGCUUCCACAAGCUGCAGUCACAGCACCGUCAGGAGCAGGCUCGCUGGGAGAGGGAGCGGGAGCGCCACCGGCUGCAGGCUGAGGUCACGGAAGAGAUGCUGAGGCAGAGAGAGGACGACUGCAGGAGGCUGGAGGAGAAGCUGGCGGAAGAGAGGGAGGACCUGGAGAGACAGAGAGAGACGUACCAACAGGAUCUGGAGAGACUGAGGGAGUCGACCCGCACAGUGGAGAAGGAGAAGGAACGCCUGGAGCAGCAGAGGAAGAUCAAGAGGAAGACCAUUGAGGUGAUGCCCUUCUCUGGCAGUCUAAAUGGGGAUCUCCUUCUGGGCAUGGGCAGUAGCUGCAGCGUCGGAUCAGACCUCACCCUCCCCCAGAAGGCCCUGGUUCGUUCCAGCCCUUCUGUGACGCCCGCAGACUACCUGGAGCGUCCUGAGGUUCUGGCUCGUCAGAGCGCCAACGCCACGGCGCUGCCGGUGAAGAAGGAGGUGCCCCUCCACCUGUGCAGCACCACCAACCAGCAGCACAAGCAGGUGGGUGUCCAGCAGCAGAUCCCCACCAAGCUGGCAGCCCUGAGCUCAAAGAGUUCGAAGAGUGCCAAGGCCACCCACCGCACCGACAGCACAGCCUCUCUGGAUAUGAAGCAAAUGCUGCCUAUGAAGUUGUCAGCCAAAGAGGACGGCACUCUGAAAGCCAAGCGCUCCAUCAGCCCUAACCAGCAGCUUCCUCACACCCUAGUCCACUCCCAGUCCGUGCACUUGACAGUUUCAUCGAGCCUUCCAGACAGGGGGCCAGAGAACCAGCCCGCCGGCCUACAGAAGCCCCCCAGCCAGGCCUCCAACCCCCUGCACACCCAGCCCCAGGCUCCUAACCCCCUCCAUACCCAGAGCCCUAACGCCCCUCCAGCACAGGCCCCUGUCCACAGCCACAGCCUGCCCCCUCCAUGCAGGAUCCCUGAGGAUGUAAUCUUCUUCUGAGCCCCCCCCCCCCCCCCCACGGCAGUCAGGGACCAAAGGGAGGCCUGUGAUGUCACAUCUCUAGAAACCGUUCAGAUCUGGGACGCAACACGUUUCCUUUAAGAAAAAUGUCAUAAAUUUUUUUUUAAAGAUAACUGUUCAUUCUUAGAAGAAUCUAUAUAAUCACGUCUCCCUAAAACUAAUUCCAAUAAUUGUUUUGAAUCAUUUGUUUUAUUGAACCGCCGAUUGUUGAAUAUGAAGAAAGACGGCUAUAAUUAAUAUGAAGGUUUAUUUUAAACAUGAAGGGGUCACGUGACGUUCUGGACAAAUCCAGAAAGGAGAGAGAGAGAGAGUGGGGGGGGAUUGGAGAGAGCAUUUGGAGAGAGCGUUUGGAGAGCGAGAUUGGAGAAGAGCGAGAUUGGAGGAGAGCGAGAUUGGAGGAGAGCGAGAUUGGAGGAGAGCGAGAUUGGAGGAGAGCGCGAGAUUGGAGGAGAGCGAGAGAUUGGAGGAGAGCGCGAGAUUGGAGGAGAGCGAGAGAUUGGAGGAGAGCGAGAGAUUGGAGGAGAGCGAGAGAUUGGAGGAGAGCGAGAGAUUGGAGGAGAGCGAGAGAUUGGAGGAGAGCGAG